AUGGACUUGCAAAUAGUUCUCCAGUACCUUUCUUAUAGUGCAAUAGUCACGACUAUCGCCCUUUUCUUCUGCGGAAUGUAAGGGCAUAAUUUGAAGAUUUGAUUGAGUUCUAAAUAAUUGCAGAGCCUUUUGACAAAUUCAGAGAUCUUUCUAUAAUCAUUGAUUUUGCAGCCCGAUAUGUCUGACGAUCAAACGACGCCUCUCGACCAAGGACAUCAGCGGAGUUCCUUUCCUCAUGGGUCUACUAGGGUUAGUUUUUCGGCUGUUUUGUUGAAAUUAAGGGCGAAAAGCUUAUCACCGCCAAAAACUUCGAAAACAGCCGGCUGAGCCAAAGACUAGAACUACAGUUUCUCUCGAUUAGUGCAGGAAGAUCUUUCGAUCUGUUUUAAAAAAGAGGAUUAUCGGGGCAGAUUGUUCUAUCUUUUUAAAGAUCAUUUUUGUUCAGAAAAAAAGAUAAAUCAAAAACAUUUCAAAAAAAUUCAAAACAUAUAAUGUCUGAACCUUUUUUUCCUUCAAAUUCCAUUCAGUAAACUUUUAUGUAUUGAAAAAAAAAUAAUGCUGUGUUUGAACUUAGUUUGAGAUGUGCUUCCUAUUUGAUCCAAGCUUUUUUUUGUGUAGCGACUAGGCCUUUCUGAUUUACUUUUCAUAUUUAUUUCGCCGCGCAUACCAAAUCAACUACGCAACCGAUUUGUUUCAUUAGUGGCUUUUUUAUUCCAAGGAAAUGAAUAAAAUAAAAACUACCAAGUCUGGUUGCACUUGCUCGAACUCUGCUCAACGAAGACGUUGAAAGAACUGCGGUUAGAGCUGUUUUUAAGGCGGGAACCUGUAGUUGGUCCAUUUAUCACUCCGGGGUCAUCGCGUUACGUACCAAUUCGAGUUUUUUGUCUCCAUUCUACCGGGGGUCGUUUCUAUCAGCUGAGGCUCUCUUUCAUUCGUCUCGACAGCGCGCCGAAAGAAAAAAAAGAUACUUCUCUAAAUUUGCGAUCCAACAUUGACGAAUUGUCAAUCGGGAUGUUUAUUGGGUUUGAAAAACUUGUUUCGACCACUCACCAUCUCUCAUUCUACAGAGACUUUUUUUUUUAGAAAUAAGAGAGGGAAAAAAGAAGAAUUUUCGAAGUUGACAAGUCUCACAAGGCGGGUCCUACCUAGAAUAGAACAGCUUCCCAGAAUUUUUUUUUUGAAAACCAACCGCUGCUUGAUUUUCUGAAUAAGGGAAAAAUUUGACUUAAAACCUUGAGGAGCCUUGUAGGAACAUUUCAGUAACUUCUAAAGUUAUUUAUCGAAAUUAUUUUUUGUUUUAUUAUAAGAAAAUGCUAUACUCAUUUUGUUGAAAAGGCUGUUAGUUUUGAUUUUGGAAAGAAUCAACAUAGGUGUUUAGAAAAGAUAGUCCUUUUCAGUUUUGAUCAUUGUAAACUUGACGAAAUGAUCAUCUCGAUAAGGGACCUAAUCAACAAAAGACUUGAUGCAUUGCAUAUGAAAUGAUUUUUUAGGUUUUUUUUUUCUGAGUAAGCAUUUUCACGAUAAUAUAUGAUUAACAGAGCUUCUCGCUUUAAUUUGUGGAAAAUUUUUCAGAAAAAACUGUAUCUCUUCACGAAUCAGGAAAAAAACUUGAAAUUAUUUGAUAUUUUUAUUGAGUACAUUAAAUUUUACAACCGAAGUUUUUUCAGUUUAUAGUUUACUGAUUCAACUGGUUACUUGUAGUUUCCAUAGUACAAUGAGCGGCUGUAAAUUGUUGACAACAGUUAUUUUCUUACACAAGAACAGGAUCUCUUACCGUCAGACGUCAGGUCGUCAUUGAUUUCGAAAUGAACAUCUAUGUGUCCACUAAAGAUUCGCCAAUUUUAUCAUGAUGUCACUAUGGGCGUUUCCUGAAACCUGAGGCUGUAGGCAGAAAAAUCAAAGUAAUAACCAAUUUUACUUGUACAAUCAUAUAAUUUCUUUCUGCAUAAUUUAAAUUUUUUUCGAAUAGAAUAUUUCGCAAAGUUAAGGGAUAACUUUUUGGUUCCCCAACUUUAAGUGGCUUCGCCAAGAAUUACCUAAAGGUCGUUAAAAAUAACUAUGUUUUUGAACAGCGUGAUAGCUCUUAAACGAUGUGAACUUUGGUUUUCAAAGAGUUGAAAAAAUUUUCUGUUUAUUGCUUUCAACUCGGUAGGUGAAAAAGAAGUUCAAAACCCACAUGUCAUUUGAGAUUGUUUGGCUCUCUCAUAGGAAUUUUUUCGAUUAUUACUUUAAAGGAAAACGGGUUUAUUUGUACAUUGAUUCAAAUAGCAAGAAAGAAACAUUUUGUCCAUCUUUUGAAGUUCUGCGUAAUUGUUCCAGUAAAGGGAAACCCUAGAAGAUCGACAAAUUUUCUAUGCGAAGGAGAAGGAUGGGCAGAACAAUUAUAUUUUCAAAGUAAAAUUCAGGAUUGAACUUGAAAAGAGAAGAAUCCCAAGAUGGAUGAAAACUGAGAAAUUGUAUUUCAGAGCGUCGUUCUGGUUACGGUACGGGUUGCUGAAAGGCGAUAACACCAUGAUUACGGUGAACGUGGUCGGAGCCUCGUUUUUCCUCAUCUACUGUCUUUUCUACCUCUACUUCGCCAAACCCAAGGUGAUUCAGUGCAAUCGUUUUCUGAGUGAGGCGUUCUUUUGCGCGACAAGUGCAGUCGUGCGGAUUCCCGCGGUUGUCGCAAUGGCCCAAUUAUCUCGAAUCGAGCAAUUUUUCGAAUUUUGGCAGUUCCACGGUCAGAAAAAAUUGUUCGAGUAGAAUUUUUCUGUUUUUUUUUUUUCUGGAAGAGGUAAUUGUAGAGCAGUUAAAGAGACACUUUAAAAUCAAUUUCUAUAGAAGACUCAGGACCUUGAAGCAACUGUUUAUCACCAGAAUAUAUUAUGGUCUAAAAACGCGUUUCAAAACUAAAUUCACGAAAAGAUGAAUUGAUUGUAGACGUAGGAUUUGUGUUCAGACGGCUUUCGCGAUCAAAUUGUCGGCGGUGAUUCUCAGCAUCGCGGCGAUGGUCAUCUGGAUCGCCUACCGACCGGACCUCGACUAUCUCGGCAUCCUCUGCAUGACUUUCAACAUCAUCAACUUCGGAGCUCCACUCGCCGGCCUUGUAGGCUCGAAACCUUCGCCACUGAAUCAAUGCGGCCGUUUUCAGGGAGUUGUGCUCAAGCAGAGAAACUGUUCGACCCUGCCUUUGCCCCUGUGUAUCGCCAACUUUUUGGUCUCUUCCCAGUGGUUCCUUUACGGAAACCUGGUCCAUGAUCCCUACAUCAUGGUUCGUUCAGAAUUAUGGUAAUAUCAUUCUCGAAAUGUUUCAGGCGCCCAAUGGUAUCGGCAUGGCUUUGGCUAUCAUCCAGCUUCUGCUCUUCAUUGUUUUCCCCAUGAAAGAAGGCGACCGGUCGCCUCUCGAACGGCUCGCUGCUUGGUUCACCGGCCGUCAGUUUGAUGAUCUCGAGAAAGGUUAGCUUUCAAUAUAUCUAUAGUUUUGUUCAAUCACAGCCUCAGAGCAGGUUGGACGAGUUUUAAGGAUGAGAAUAAUCGUUAUUUCCGAUGAAUUAAACAAAUUAAGACUGCUUCAAAAUUUUUAGCUAAGGGCUCUUAACACAAAAGAAGGAAAGUUUAAUGAAGUGUUGAAAAACUGUCUGCAGAAAAAACUUGUUUUUGCGUUUUUUUUUUGAGAGUAGCUUUAAAAAGUUCUCAAUAGACCCAAGUUAAAAGUUUCCAGGAUCAAAAGACGAGAAACCGUCCGGAUCACCGAGCAACUACCAUCCGACGUCGAUCAAGAAGGACAAGGCCGUCGAGGCGUCCGUCGUGAUCCCGCCGCCUCCGCAGUUUACCAAUUCCACUGAAACCCAUCAGGACGAGUCGCGCGCCGACAGUUUCGGCGCUUCCAGCAACCCGCCGUCCUACCGAAGUCGCGCCGGAAGCGUCCACGAUCCCGUCAAAGUCCUUGAUGUCUAG